ACAGGAAAAAAUGAGGAACAAAAGAAAGACCACUUGUUUGUUUGUGAUGGGAGACCUUUGUUUUCGUUUGGGAAGUUGGAGUUUAAUUAAGCAGAAAGUUACCAACGGAGUGGAAUCAUGUGAUUCUUUCGUGAAGCUGUUUUAGUUUGUUUGCUGGGCAAUCUCAUUGAUUUUGAUGACCAUGACUGUAAACCGUUUCGAUGCACCUUUAGCCCAGCUAGAGGUUGAACUUGAAAAAGCUCGUGUUAAGCGUAGGCUGAUUCGAGAGGCACAUGACAUGCAAGGUUCCGUUGAAGACAUCAAAAACAUGGUGGUCCCACCAGGUAGUUCACUUGAUGGUGCAGCUAGGAAACAUCCAAUUCAAAGGGCACCCUCUCGGUUGUAUAGAACUGUAUUACCCGCUCAAGGUAAUCCUCGAGCUAAAUAUUGCUGUCCCAACACCUGUAUUGGUCCAGAAUUUGUUGUCAAUUCAUCAAGUGCUGUUAAGCAUAUCCGUAUGACUGACAUUAAGCAUUCUUCUCAAAUACGGCGUAUUACUGUGAUCCUUCUUAAUGGCCAGAAAUUAAAAGUCAGUUGUAACAUUAAUUCUAUGACAACUGGGCAACUUUUUGAGGUGGUUGUCAGCAGUGAGGCCAUAGAAGACAAUUUUACUCUUGGUCUGGCAGUUCUUUUGGGAGGAGACUUUGUGUUUCCUCCCUCUGAUUUCCGCCUUAGCAAGGUUUCACCUGCAGGACUUUGGGAUGAGUGCCGACGACCACAUUCAAAUGCAGUCUCAAGUUUACUCGAGCCAUUCGGUGGACAUCCUCCUUUAACCAUGUAUAUGAGAACAAAAUUUUUCCUUCCUAGCUUGCGAGGAAUACGAAGCUGGAAUUUAAAGCAUCAGUUGUACUUGCAACUCAGACGAUGCCUACUCGAGCAACAGUUGCGUAGUCCCAACAGAGGUCAACUAUUAAUUCUCAUGGGAUAUGCCCUUCAGGCUGAAUUUGGUGAUUUUACAGAAAAGGAACAUGGGUGUGGAGAUUAUUUCUUAGUAGAGCAUUACCUUCCUGAUGGUGAUUCUGUUGAAGAGUCCAUUGUGCGCAAAGAGUUGCAGGCAGCACAUCAAGAAAGAAUUGGUCUUGACCCUGGCAGAGCUGAAGAAAUGUUUAUUUCUCUUGCGCAACAAUUUUCGGAGUAUGGCACACACUUUUACUCUGCCACCUCAGCCCAGAAGUCUGGAAGAGAUGCACCAGUGUGGCUUGCUAUCUCUGCAAGUGGAAUAAGUCUACAUGAAUGGCGUGCAGGAGCGGUGCAGCGACCUGUAGCCCAAACUUAUCAUUGGAAAGACAUACGAAAGCUGAGUUACAGUCGACAGCAAUUUUGUCUUCAGCCAUCAAGUGGAAAGAGACUUAAGCUUCGCAUGGACUUUCGAAAGAGUUACUUCACUUUCCGUCUUGCUUCUCUCCAACAUCAGUUCUUCUUGAAAUAUAGAGCAGAACUGAGUUCUCUUCAAUCAGUUGCUACUGAAUUUGGUGUUCCCAUUAGGAAAAGUAAUCUUCCUUAUGUUGAAAGCCGAGAACCUCCAGAUGUUGCAUCCAAAUCAGCAUCAUCUGAUGUUAAAUCAGUUCUUGGAGCUGUGCUCGGUCCAGUAAAAUCACGACAGGUUGUUAACCUGCCCAGUCCACCAAAGUCUUCAUGCCGAUUCAGCCAGUUGGCCUGCAUACUGGGUGCUGCUGUUGCGAAUAAUUCACACAAUCUAGAAGUUAUUCAAAACAAAGAAAAUGAGCUUCCGACUUGGGUACCAAGGGCAGUGCAUCAACGUAGUGGAUCUUAUGAUUCAAUAGGACUGUUACGAGAUACUAGGCAUGAUUUUCGUAGGGUAGCCACCUCUCCAUCUAGCACGCAUGCGUCUGUUUCACCAGCAUCAACAAUUUCAAGGACGUCUGUUCAAACAUGUUUUGGGAUGAUAGGAGGUGAAAAUCGUACUCCAAGUUUCCCUCGUCGCUCAGGGGUAAGGAUGGGUACCAGAGCAUUUUCUCUGGGGAGCAGUUGCCAAACUCUUGCAGGAGCCACAGAACAUUACCGCACUACUAGUGUGGGUGGUACCCCAUGUGGAACUCGAACACCCUCAGAAUGCUCUGCUCCGUCAUCGCCCUAUGCUGAAGCCUAUGUAAUAAAUUCAAGCAUCAAAUCAGUUGAUGAACAUUUUCAAAUGGAUUCUCAUGAAUCUAUAAGUGAAUCCCUUGCAGAAAAGAUGGGAAACGUUUCCUUUGAGGAAGAGAGAAUCCUUCGCACAAUAAGAUUACAGAGAGAUAGAUUAGGUAGUUUCGGUAUUGAAAUUACCGAGGGGGAAGAUGGUGGAGUGUACAUUCAAUCUGUUCAAAGAGGUGGAGCAGCAGCAAAGCUGGGAACUAUUCACAGAGGUGACAGACUCAUUGCUGUUGAUGGGCAUUGUCUGCUGAAUCGACGAUAUGAAGAGGCUCUUCGUCUGAUGCGUGCAAGUGGAGAGGAAGUAGAAUUAGUUCUAUCACAGGCUACUCAAUUGACAAGUGAGGAAGACUUGAACCAACCAUCCACCUCUUAUCAAAAUGGAUUGAUGAGACUUGCCGAAUGCAACAUCAAGAACACCCCUGUUGAGGAGACAUAUCUUAGAGAUAUUCGGUAUCGCACUGAAGAUUGUCCAACCCCACAGCACAUUAUGAUGCCAAAAUCUCUGCCUCAACCUCAAGCCCAAGCAACAGGGAUCGCUAUUGCUGCCCCAUCAAAGUGGACUGCACAUAAGAAGUACCCAGCACCUAAACCACCUCACAUGAGGAAUGCAUGCUUCAUUGCCCCAGUACCAGAAGAUUGUAUGGAUAUGCUUGAUAUCACCAUCUGAACAUUCAACCUAGAUUGUUAUUUAUUUUAGAAUCUGAUGCAUGAGCUGAGAGAUGAAGACUGAUGUGUAUGCACAAUAUGUACAAUAUAUCCGUCUUGUAUCUUGUAGUAAUCUUAUCAAGUAAUUCAAACAUGUUUGAAUAUUUCCACCUUUUGUUCUACAGAGUUAUGAGUGUCCAAACUUGUUAUAGUUUUGUGGUAUCCCACUGCCUGGUUCUCUUAGGACAGCAGAUAUCUGAAGAACGCAGUAUUCCAUUAUAAGUUACCAUUUGUAUUCGUCCAAUCAAUUUUCCUCCUAUAAUAAUUAAGUGCUUUUACACCAGUGUUGUUUUGUGCUUUCCACAACUAUCUUUCUGUAGGGAGAAAAACAAUGUUAAAUGUAUAUUUAUCCUACAAAAGCAAUUGUAACAACCGUACUCUCUCGUGUUAUUGAACACUUAUCUGUUGUGUAAGCAUUUUAUUAGUCAACUCUAGCGUCUUUAGUGUAUCUGGAAUGUUGUUAUUUUCCAAUCCUUGGUACAAAACACAGAGUAAAAUUUUAUAUUACUACUCUGUUAUUUGUAUCUUGUAAUGGAAAAAAAAUGGAAGUUAUAUUCUGGCUACUUGCUCUACCAGUUUGAAGUGUGAUAUAAUUUUUUGACUUUGUAAAGCAAAGACAUAUUUUUAUAAAUUGACAUAGUACUUAAAGUGUGUAACAGAUCUGAUCUGCGUGUUCUGUUUGCAUUAGAAAUUAUUUAAAUUAUAGGCAUAUUAGACAAACCCUUUUUCAUUGAUCUGGACCAUAUUUAUCUUUUAUGCCAAUAAUUAUUAUAGCAAUUCAUUUUCAAGACUACCCUACCUUAGUAAUAGUACGGUCGCACUGACUGACAAUGAAUGCAGAGCAACAGUCUUGUUUUCUAAUGUUGGAAUUUUAUCUGUCCUCUCUCUUUUCUCAUGAUCUCCUGCUUCUGAGGAUGCAGAUUUGUUGUUCCUAUUUUCCUAAGCUUUUAUGUAUGUUUUUAUACAUAAGUUUAUGCCAAUGUAUAGCUUCUGUUAAAUAGUGUUGUCUUGUACUUCUGACCCUUUUUUUAAAUUUUAUAAUAUUGUGUUUAUCAUUUGAGUUUUUGUACCAUUUUUGUCUCAAAUAUAAAAGUUAAUUGUGCUAGAA